AUGGAAGCAGAACCGCCCACAAAGGUCAGGAAACAAUUGUCAGGUUUUCGGCAAGCGAAGCGGCAAGACAGCAAAGCAUUUGAGCUUGAGCCCGAUGCCGAAGAACCAAAUCAAAAAUACACCCUGCAGAGAGCUCAGGCGGACACAGUGGAUGCCCAGGCAGAUGCAAGUCAGCGAGGUCAAGUUCACUCAGCGGACAAGAGGCAUCAAUUGAAGCGCCAGCCAACCGUUGAGGAUGUAGUCCAGGAACCCGGCCUCUCAUCUGCGGAGGACCUCUUGUCCGACCAGAAUCUGCACAGCACGCUUAGGCUGGCAACAGGCACAAUGUCCUGGAAAUGGCUCCGACGCUUGCCCCCUGCUCUACAGUGCCAAAGGGACCUUGGUAAGCUUAGUGAUCCUGUGCGUGCUUCAGCGCUCGAAAUGUGUAAGGCCAGUCUCCAGUGCUUGCUAACCGACGAAGCCAAAGCAGUGGCAUGGCUAACCAAAACCGCUGCAAGCCUCGGUUGGUACGAGCUUGAAGGGCCCACUCGGGGACCAGAGGAGGAAGAGAAUGAGGUUCGGAAGGUUCGGGAGUGGAACGAAGCGUACCGAAGCUUAUGGCUUUUGCUCCGGCAGGGUGCUUUACCGGCUUUCUGCAUUGAAGCCGAGCGUUUCUCAGUGAUGGUCUUCGGUGACGGUGGCGGGACGUGGACAUCACCUGCAAACGGGCAGCAAGUGAAGCCUUCUCGCUCUGAGCCAUGUGCCAUUCUGUGGCCAUCCAGCCGUGAACUGAGGAGCAUGCUGCAGGAAAACCACGUAUACUUUGACAUGCCACACAUGCCACCACGCACGUUGCAGCGGCAGACUUCGGCAGCGGACGCGCCCAAGUGUUCAGCGGGUGACGGCACAAGUACCGCUGCCACAAAUGCCCUAGUGCCACUUGCCAAAGGCAGUAAAGGCAUGGAGGUCGAAAACUCUGUGUCCCAGACGAGGCAGGACCUGCUAGAACUGCGCCGUGAUGGCGAGAGAGCAAAGGCUCCUGGAGAUGGAGACUACGACUUCGCGAAGACUAAAUCAGCCCUUUGCUUUCAAGGCGCUUGGCGUGUUCACUUACUGGUCAACGUGCUGCGGCAGCACUUCUUGGGACACCCUAUGUCUUCAGCUGUGAAGAUGCCUCCGAAGUUGCCGAAGUUGCUGGCGCCUGGGCCGUUUGCCAAUUCAACGGUGAAGUCAGUACAAGUUGUCAGAGUCGCCAGAUGCCCGGGCAACGAGGGAGGUGCCGGCGACAUGGAGUUCAUUGCCGAGCUGCGAGGUCGACUGUUUCCCACUCAGAUUCGGAUGUUCCUGGAGCUUUUGCGUGUCAUUCUGCCCAAAUUCAGUUGUGAGUUCACAUCUCCGCCGCGAAAUGGUCCUGGCACGAAUGCAUUUACGCAGCUGGAGCAGAGGCGAAUCGAGAAAGUCCACUGCGAAAAAGAUGGCAGUGCUGCGUGGAAGUGGCAGUUCCGGGUGGGCUAG